UAUAUCAACUGUGUAGUGUAGUCACUUUAGAAAGCAGCUCGUGUUGAGAGACGACCGGUGCCAGAUUUGGGUGAGAGAAGAAGGGAAGGUAUGUCUGCUCAAAGCGCAAAGAAGAAAAGGCUUGGCUCACGCCGCCGAGGAACAAACCAAAAUGAAAAAACUAAGGCUGAUGAGUUCCAAAUAACGGACAGUACCUCUGAAGAUCAACGCCACUUGACCGUAGAUAAUACUGAAUCAUUGAAAGUAUUAGCUGAACCUGAUAAUUCACUAUAUGAAACGAAUCCACCUGCAUUUUCAGGUAACAGAAGGAAACUGGGGUCUAGUCGCAAAAAUAAAGGACACCAUGUAAGGGAAUAUGCAACUGAAUCUUGCCAUGAAACUAAAGAGGAAGUUAAGGAAACCAUUGCAACAAAACAAAUGUCACUUACAAUGCAACAUGUGACACAGGAAGUAUUGAUUCAAGAGAGUGAGAAUAUGUCUGCAACACAUGAGAGUUGUCUGUAUUCAGCUUCCGAACAUGAUUAUUUUCCUGAACUUCAGAAUGCUACUAUAACAAACUAUCCAGAGGCUGACCUGGACAGUGUUAUUCCCAAAAGCGAAAAUCUGCAAGCACACCUUUAUGAAAAUGUGACAAACUCUAAAAUUGUAUCAGACUCCUUUACAUUUGUGCAAACCAUGGAGGAAAGAGUCAACACAUCUGAAACUCUUUACUGCGAGGAAGACAAGGAAAGUGCACACUGUGUAAGCAACUCUGAGUUAACAAGGUUAAGUCUUGCUUCACGUCCAAGUGUAGAUCACGCAAAUGUUAGGGAAAUGUCAGAACAAAAGCUUCCUGAUGUGUGUACUGAAAGAGAAAAAGAAUGCAAAGAAAUAGAUGAGACAGAGUUGUUAAGGAAGGAUGGAAACUUACAGGGCAAUUAUUUGGUAAGUGAGUCAGUCGUUUUGCCAUUUGCCACCACACCCGAGAUAACCACAGAGGAAACCAUUCGAAGAGAAAAUACUGAAAAUGAGUCCAAUGAUGAGCCGGCUACAAUGUCAUCACCAAAAGAGGAAAUGCUUACAGAUGAGGAACAAAAUGAGCCUUUCAGUUUGUCAGAACGCAAAUGUGCUUAUAUAAUAGAGGAUGCCUCAAGCAAACAGCAUGAACAGGACUUUAAGCCAGCCAAAAUGCAUAAAAUUGACCACUCACCUCACUCUGAAAAUCUGAUCCACCAAACUGAAGUCAGAGACACAUACCAAUCAGAAUUGAAUGUAAAAAGAAGUGGAUAUUCUCCAAUCAAUCAGGAAAUGUCAAAUCCCGAAGUCAAAGGUUCUCAUCAAUCAGAGGAUGGUGUAAACAAACUGCAUGAACAGGAACGAAGGCCAACUGAAAUUGAAGAUAUGCCACAACAAGAUAAUACAUCUGUCAGUGUGAUUCAUGCUGCCACAGAAAAGUCUGAAAUAAUUUCUUGUAACCCAAUGGACCCAAAUGAAAUCAGAGACACAAACCAAUGUGAGAAUGUUGUGAAAAUAACUUGUGAUUCUCCUACCUAUCAGGACAUUUCAAUUCCUGACAACAAGCAGGAUGAGUAUCUUAAUGAAGAAAGCAUUUUUGAGGAUUUAGAGCAGACAAAUGAGGAUCAUCAUGUCUCUGAUACCAAGGAACCACCGAUCAGCGACAUUGAAGGAGUAGACUCUGCUCUAGGUCAGGUGAAGGAGAUUGAAGGCCAAGUACAGUAUGAUAUGAAACCCAGUGCUGAACCAAAGGGUCACGAGGAAGGACUUUUCUCUGUAAUGGAGGAGGGUGAAUCCUGUUCACAAGCUGUGCAAUCAGGAAUAACUGUGACUUCUGACUCCCAACCACAACAAAACAUUGACUUUAACCCCAUUGGGAACAGAAGAAAACUGGGGUCUAGCCGUAGAAAUAAAGGAAGACAGCAUGUCAAGGACUCUGUUAAUGAAUUGUACCAUGAACCUACAGGGGAAGAUUCUGGAAACGCCAGGGAAAAUAAAUCUCUUGAAACAGAAUUGUCAUUACAGAUAGAGCCAGUAGUGCAGGAACAAACAAAGGAAACCAUGUUGAAGGGAAUGGAAAUAUUUGACACUGCUCCAACUGAUGUUGGUGAGCUUGUUAAAGACAAUUCACUUGUUGGCAUCUCUGAGCUUACUGGUUCAAAUGUACAUGCACGUUUAACAGAAGAUCAAAAGACAAAUGUCCAAUCAAAUGUUGGGGAGAUGCCAGAGGAAGAAUUCCCAAAUGUUUGUACCGUAACAGAAAAAGAAAGCAUGGAAAAUGACAAUGUCACAGAAAUGUUCAGGCACGGUGAAAAUGUACAGACCAACUAUUUGAUGAGUGAGUCUCAGGUAACAACAGAAACUAAUGAGUCCUCUAUCACAUCAGAGAUAACCACAGAAGAACAAGACCUCAGAGAGAACACAGAACCUGAAUGCAGUGUUGAACAAGAAGCAUUUGCCUCAUCAAAAGAGGAGUCUACAACAAUUGAGGAAACACAUGAGUUGUUCAAUGUAUCUGAAGUCAAAGGUGCUCAUCAGUCAGAUGAUGGUGAUAACAAACUCCAUGAACAGGAGGUUAAGCCAACAGAAAUUCAAGAAAUAUCUCAAAUAGAUUUCUCAUCUGACCAUGCGAUUCAUGUUGUCUCAGAUAAAUCUGAAAUAAUUUCUGGUAACACAAUGGACCAAACUGAAAGCAGAGAGACAAACCAAUGUGAGAUUGUUGUGAAAAUACCUGAUGAUUCUCAUACCAGUCAGAAAAUGUCACUUCUUCGCAACAAGCAGGAUGAGUAUCUUAAUGAAGAAAGCAUUUUUGAGGAUUUAGAGCAGAAAAAUGAGGAUCAUCAUGUCUCUGAUACCAAGGAACCACCGAUCAGCGACAUUGAAGGAGUAGACUCUGCUCUAGGUCAGGUGAAGGAGAUUGAAGGCCAAGUACAGUAUGAUAUGAAACCCAGUGCUGAACCAAAGGGUCAUGAGGAAGGACUUUUCUCUGUAAUGGAGGAGGGUGAAUCCUGUUCACAAGCUGUGCAAUCAGGAAUAACUGUGACUUCUGACUCCCAACCACAACAAAACAUUGACUUUAACCCCAUUGGGAACAGAAGAAAACUGGGGUCCAGCCGUAGAAAUAAAGGAAGACAGCAUGUCAAGGACUCUGUUGCUGAAUUGUACCAUGAACCUACAGGGGAAGAUUCUGGAAACACCAGGGAAAAUAAAUCUCUUGAAACAGAAUUGUCAUUACAGAUAGAGCCAGUAGUGCAGGAACAAACAAAGGAAACCAUGUUGAAGGGAAUGGAAAUAUUUGACACUGCUCCAACUGAUGUUGGUGAGCUUGUUAAAGACAAUUCACUUGUUGGCAUCUCUGAGCUUACUGGUUCAAAUGUACAUGCACGUUUAACAGAAGAUCAAAAGACAAAUGUCCAAUCAAAUGUUGGGGAGAUGCCAGAGGAAGAAUUCCCAAAUGUUUGUACCGUAACAGAAAAAGAAAGCAUGGAAAAUGACAAUGUCACAGAAAUGUUCAGGCACGGUGAAAAUGUACAGACCAACUAUUUGAUGAGUGAGUCUCAGGUAACAACAGAAACUAAUGAGUCCUCUAUCACAUCAGAGAUAACCACAGAAGAACAAGACCUCAGAGAGAACUCAGAACCUGAAUGCAGUGUUGAACAAGAAGCAUUUGCCUCAUCAAAAGAGGAGUCUACAACAAUUGAGGAAACACAUGAGUUGUUCAAUGUAUCUGAAGUCGAUGGUGAUAAUAAACUCCAUGAACAGGAGGUUAAUGCAACAGAAAUUCAAGAAAUACCUCAAAUAGAUUUCUCAUCUGACCAUGCGAUUCAUGCUGCCACAGAAAAUUCUCAAAUAAUUUCUGGUAACACAAUGGACCAAACUGAAAUCAGAGAGACAAACCAAUGUGAGAUGGUUGUGAAAAUACCUGAUGAUUCUCAUACCAGUCAGAAAAUGUCAGUUCUUGACAACAAGCAGGAUGAGUAUCUUAAUGAAGAAAGCAUUUUUGAGGAUUUAGAGCAGACAAAUGAGGAUCAUCAUGUCUCUGAUACCAAGGAACCACCGAUCAGCGACAUUGAAGGAGUAGACUCUGCUCUAGGUCAGGUGAAGGAGAUUGAAGGCCAAGUACAGUAUGAUAUGAAACCCAGUGCUGAACCAAAGGGUCGUGAGGAAGGACUUUUCUCUGAAAUGGAGGAGGGUGAAUCCUGUUCACAAGCUGUGCAAUCAGGAAUAACUGUGACUUCUGACUCCCAUCCACAACAAAACAUUGACUUUAACCCCAUUGGGAACAGAAGAAAACUGGGGUCUAGCCGUAGAAAUAAAGGAAGACAGCAUGUCAAGGACUCUGUUGCUGAAUUGUACCAUGAACCUACAGGGGAAGAUUCUGGAAACACCAGGGAAAAUAAAUCUCUUGAAACAGAAUUGUCAUUACAGAUAGAGCCAGUAGUGCAGGAACAAACAAAGGAAACCAUGUUGAAGGGAAUGGAAAUAUUUGACACUGCUCCAACUGAUGUUGGUGAGCUUGUUAAAGACAAUUCACUUGUUGGCAUCUCUGAGCUUACUGGUUCAAAUGUACAUGCACGUUUAACAGAAGUUCAAAAGACAACUGUCCAAUCAAAUGUUGGGGAGAUGCCAGAGGAAGAAUUCCCAAAUGUUUGUACCGUAACAGAAAAAGAAAGCAUGGAAAAUGACAAUGUCACAGAAUUGUUCAGGCACGCUGAAAAUGUACAGACCAACUAUUUGGUGAGUGAGUCUCAGGUAAGAACAGCAAAUAAUGAGUCCUCUAUCACAUCAGAGAUAACCACAGAAGAACAAGACCUCAGAGAGAACUCAGAACCUGAACAAGAAGCAUUUGCCUCAUCAAAAGAGGAGUCUACAACAAUUGAGGAAACACAUGAGUUGUUCAAUGUAUCUGAAGUCGAUGGUGAUAAUAAACUCCAUGAACAGGAGGUUAAUGCAACAGAAAUUCAAGAAAUACCUCAAAUAGAUUUCUCAUCUGACCAUGCGAUUCACGCUGCCACAGAAAAUUCUCAAAUAAUUUCUGGUAACACAAUGGACCAAACUGAAAUCAGAGAGACAAACCAAUGUGAGAUGGUUGUGAAAAUACCUGAUGAUUCUCCUACCAGUCAGAAAAUGUCAGUUCUUGACAACAAGCAGGAUGAGUAUCUUAAUGAAGAAAGCAUUUUUGAGGAUUUAGAGCAGACAAAUGAGGAUCAUCAUGUCUCUGAUACCAAGGAACCACCGAUCAGCGACAUUGAAGGAGUAGACUCUGCUCUAGGUCAGGUGAAGGAGAUUGAAGGCCAAGUACAGUAUGAUAUGAAACCCAGUGCUGAACCAAAGGGUCGUGAGGAAGGACUUUUCUCUGAAAUGGAGGAGGGUGAAUCCUGUUCACAAGCUGUGCAAUCAGGAAUAACUGUGACUUCUGACUCCCAACCACAACAAAACAUUGACUUUAAUCCCAUUGGGAACAGAAGAAAACUGGGGUCUAGCCGUAGAAAUAAAGGAAGACAGCAUGUCAAGGACUCUGUUGCUGAAUUGUACCAUGAACCUACAGGGGAAGAUUCUGGAAACACCAGGGGAAAUAAAUCUCUUGAAACAGAAUUGUCAUUACAGAUAGAGCCAGUAGUGCAGGAACAAACAAAGGAAACCAUGUUGAAGGGAAUGGAAAUAUUUGACACUGCUCCAACUGAUGUUGGUGAGCUUGUUAAAGAAAAUUCACUUGUUGGCAUCUCUGAGCUUACUGGUUCAAAUGUACAUGCACGUUUAACAGAAGAUCAAAAGACAAAUGUCCAAUCAAAUGUUGGGGAGAUGCCAGAGGAAGAAUUCCCAAAUGUUUGUACUGUAACAGAAAAAGAAAGCAUGGAAAAUGACAAUGUCACAGAAAUGUUCAGGCACGGUGAAAAUGUACAGACCAACUAUUUGAUGAGUGAGUCUCAGGUAACAACAGCAAAUAAUGAGUCCUCUAUCACAUCAGAGAUAACCACAGAAGAACAAGACCUCAGAGAGAACACAGAACCUGAAUGCAGUGUUGAACAAGAAGCAUUUGCCUCAUCAAAAGAGGAGUCUACAACAAUUGAGGAAACACAUGAGUUGUUCAAUGUAUCUGAAGUCGAUGGUGAUAACAAACUCCAUGAACAGGAGGUUAAUGCAACAGAAAUUCAAGAAAUACCUCAAAUAGAUUUCUCAUCUGACCAUGCGAUUCAUGCUGCCACAGAAAAUUCUCAAAUAAUUUCUGGUAACACAAUGGACCAAACUGAAAUCAGAGAGAGAAACCAAUGUGAGAUGGUUGUGAAAAUACCUGAUGAUUCUCCUACCAGUCAGAAAAUGUCAGUUCUUGACAACAAGCAGGAUGAGUAUCUUAAUGAAGAAAGCAUUUUUGAGGAUUUAGAGCAGACAAAUGAGGAUCAUCAUGUCUAUGAUACCAAGGAACCACCGAUCAGCGACAUUGAAGGAGUAGACUCUGCUCUAGGUCAGGUGAAGGAGAUUGAAGGCCAAGUACAGUAUGAUAUGAAACCCAGUGCUGAACCAAAGGGUCAUGAGGAAGGACUUUUCUCUGAAAUGGAGGAGGGUGAAUCCUGUUCACAAGCUGUGCAAUCAGGAAUAACUGUGACUUCUGACUCCCAACCACAACAAAACAUUGACUUUAACCCCAUUGGGAACAGAAGAAAACUGGGGUCUAGCCGUAGAAAUAAAGGAAGACAGCAUGUCAAGGACUCUGUUGCUGAAUUGUACCAUGAACCUACAGGGGAAGAUUCUGGAAACGCCAGGGAAAAUAAAUCUCUUGAAACAGAAUUGUCAUUACAGAUAGAGCCAGUAGUGCAGGAACAAACAAAGGAAACCAUGUUGAAGGGAAUGGAAAUAUUUGACACUGCUCCAACUGAUGUUGGUGAGCUUGUUAAAGACAAUUCACUUGUUGGCAUCUCUGAGCUUACUGGUUCAAAUGUACAUGCACGUUUAACAGAAGAUCAAAAGACAAAUGUCCAAUCAAAUGUUGGGGAGAUGCCAGAGGAAGAAUUCCCAAAUGUUUGUACUGUAACAGAAAAAGAAAGCAUGGAAAAUGACAAUGUCACAGAAUUGUUCAGGCACGCUGAAAAUGUACAGACCAACUAUUUGAUGAGUGAGUCUCAGGUAACAACAGAAAAUAAUGAGUCCUCUAUCACAUCAGAGAUAACCACAGAAGAACAAGACCUCAGAGAGAACUCAGAACCUGAAUGCAGUGUUGAACAAGAAGCAUUUGCCUCAUCAAAAGAGGAGUCUACAACAAUUGAGGAAACACAUGAGUUGUUCAAUGUAUCUGAAGUCGAUGGUGAUAAUAAACUCCAUGAACAGGAGGUUAAUGCAACAGAAAUUCAAGAAAUACCUCAAAUAGAUUUCUCAUCUGACCAUGCGAUUCAUGCUGCCACAGAAAAUUCUCAAAUAAUUUCUGGUAACACAAUGGACCAAACUGAAAUCAGAGAGACAAACCAAUGUGAGAUGGUUGUGAAAAUACCUGAUGAUUCUCCUACCAGUCAGAAAAUGUCAGUUCUUGACAACAAGCAGGAUGAGUAUCUUAAUGAAGAAAGCAUUUUUGAGGAUUUAGAGCAGACAAAUGAGGAUCAUCAUGUCUCUGAUACCAAGGAACCACCGAUCAGCGACAUUGAAGGAGUAGACUCUGCUCUAGGUCAGGUGAAGGAGAUUGAAGGCCAAGUACAGUAUGAUAUGAAACCCAGUGCUGAACCAAAGGGUCAUGAGGAAGGACUUUUCUCUGAAAUGGAGGAGGGUGAAUCCUGUUCACAAGCUGUGCAAUCAGGAAUAACUGUGACUUCUGACUCCCAACCACAACAAAACAUUGACUUUAACCCCAUUGGGAACAGAAGAAAACUGGGGUCCAGCCGUAGAAAUAAAGGAAGACAGCAUGUCAAGGACUCUGUUGCUGAAUUGUACCAUGAACCUACAGGGGAAGAUUCUGGAAACACCAGGGAAAAUAAAUCUCUUGAAACAGAAUUGUCAUUACAGAUAGAGCCAGUAGUGCAGGAACAAACAAAGGAAACCAUGUUGAAGGGAAUGGAAAUAUUUGACACUGCUCCAACUGAUGUUGGUGAGCUUGUUAAAGAAAAUUCACUUGUUGGCAUCUCUGAGCUUACUGGUUCAAAUGUACAUGCACGUUUAACAGAAGAUCAAAAGACAAAUGUCCAAUCAAAUGUUGGGGAGAUGCCAGAGGAAGAAUUCCCAAAUGUUUGUACCGUAACAGAAAAAGAAAGCAUGGAAAAUGACAAUGUCACAGAAUUGUUCAGGCACGGUGAAAAUGUACAGACCAACUAUUUGAUGAGUGAGUCUCAGAUAACAACAGAAAAUAAUGAGUCCUCUAUCACAUCAGAGAUAACCACAGAAGAACAAGACCUCAGAGAGAACUCAGAACCUGAAUGCAGUGUUGAACAAGAAGCAUUUGCCUCAUCAAAAGAGGAGUCUACAACAAUUGAGGAAACACAUGAGUUGUUCAAUGUAUCUGAAGUCGAUGGUGAUAAUAAACUCCAUGAACAGGAGGUUAAUGCAACAGAAAUUCAAGAAAUACCUAAAAUAGAUUUCUCAUCUGACCAUGCGAUUCAUGCUGCCACAGAAAAUUCUCAAAUAAUUUCUGGUAACACAAUGGACCAAACUGAAAUCAGAGAGACAAACCAAUGUGAGAUUGUUGUGAAAAUACCUGAUGAUUCUCAUACCAGUCAGAAAAUGUCACUUCUUCGCAACAAGCAGGAUGAGUAUCUUAAUGAAGAAAGCAUUUUUGAGGAUUUAGAGCAGAAAAAUGAGGAUCAUCAUGUCUCUGAUACCAAGGAACCACCGAUCAGCGACAUUGAAGGAGUAGACUCUGCUCUAGGUCAGGUGAAGGAGAUUGAAGGCCAAGUACAGUAUGAUAUGAAACCCAGUGCUGAACCAAAGGGUCACGAGGAAGGACUUUUCUCUGAAAUGGAGGAGGGUGAAUCCUGUUCACAAGCUGUGCAAUCAGGAAUAACUGUGACUUCUGACUCCCAACCACAACAAAACAUUGACUUUAACCCCAUUGGGAACAGAAGAAAACUGGGGUCCAGCCGUAGAAAUAAAGGAAGACAGCAUGUCAAGGACUCUGUUGCUGAAUUGUACCAUGAACCUACAGGGGAAGAUUCUGGAAACACCAGGGAAAAUAAAUCUCUUGAAACAGAAUUGUCAUUACCAAUAGAGCCAGUAGUGCAGGAACAAACAAAGGAAACCAUGUUGAAGGGAAUGGAAAUAUUUGACACUGCUCCAACUGAUGUUGGUGAGCUUGUUAAAGACAAUUCACUUGUUGGCAUCUCUGAGCUUACUGGUUCAAAUGUACAUGCACGUUUAACAGAAGACCAAAAGACAAAUGUCCAAUCAAAUGUUGGGGAGAUGCCAGAGGAAGAAUUCCCAAAUGUUUGUACCGUAACAGAAAAAGAAAGCAUGGAAAAUGACAAUGUCACAGAAUUGUUCAGGCACGGUGAAAAUGUACAGACCAACUAUUUGAUGAGUGAGUCUCAGGUAACAACAGAAACUAAUGAGUCCUCUAUCACAUCAGAGAUAACCACAGAAGAACAAGACCUCAGAGAGAACACAGAACCUGAAUGCAGUGUUGAACAAGAAGCAUUUGCCUCAUCAAAAGAGGAGUCUACAACAAUUGAGGAAACACAUGAGUUGUUCAAUGUAUCUGAAGUCAAAGGUGCUCAUCAGUCAGAUGAUGGUGAUAACAAACUCCAUGAACAGGAGGUUAAGCCAACAGAAAUUCAAGAAAUACCUCAAAUAGAUUUCUCAUCUGACCAUGCGAUUCAUGUUGUCUCAGAUAAAUCUGAAAUAAUUUCUGGUAACACAAUGGACCAAACUGAAAUCAGAGAGACAAACCAAUGUGAGAUUGUUGUGAAAAUACCUGAUGAUUCUCAUACCAGUCAGAAAAUGUCACUUCUUCGCAACAAGCAGGAUGAGUAUCUUAAUGAAGAAAGCAUUUUUGAGGAUUUAGAGCAGACAAAUGAGGAUCAUCAUGUCUCUGAUACCAAGGAACCACCGAUCAGCGACAUUGAAGGAGUAGACUCUGCUCUAGGUCAGGUGAAGGAGAUUGAAGGCCAAGUACAGUAUGAUAUGAAACCCAGUGCUGAACCAAAGGGUCACGGGGAAGGACUUUUCUCUGAAAUGGAGGAGGGUGAAUCCUGUUCACAAGCUGUGCAAUCAGGAAUAACUGUGACUUCUGACUCCCAACCACAACAAAACAUUGACUUUAACCCCAUUGGGAACAGAAGAAAACUGGGGUCUAGCCGUAGAAAUAAAGGAAGACAGCAUGUCAAGGACUCUGUUGCUGAAUUGUACCAUGAACCUACAGGGGAAGAUUCUGGAUACACCAGGGGAAAUAAAUCUCUUGAAACAGAAUUGUCAUUACAGAUAGAGCCAGUAGUGCAGGAACAAACAAAGGAAACCAUGUUGAAGGGAAUGGAAAUAUUUGACACUGCUCCAACUGAUGUUGGUGAGCUUGUUAAAGACAAUUCACUUGUUGGCAUCUCUGAGCUUACUGGUUCAAAUGUACAUGCACGUUUAACAGAAGAUCAAAAGACAAAUGUCCAAUCAAAUGUUGGGGAGAUGCCAGAAGAAGAAUUCCCAAAUGUUUGUACCGUAACAGAAAAAGAAAGCAUGGAAAAUGACAAUGUCACAGAAAUGUUCAGGCACGGUGAAAAUGUACAGACCAACUAUUUGAUGAGUGAGUCUCAGGUAACAACAGAAACUAAUGAGUCCUCUAUCACAUCAGAGAUAACCACAGAAGAACAAGACCUCAGAGAGAACUCAGAACCUGAACAAGAAGCAUUUGCCUCAUCAAAAGAGGAGUCUACAACAAUUGAGGAAACACAUGAGUUGUUCAAUGUAUCUGAAGUCAAAGGUGCUCAUCAGUCAGAUGAUGGUGAUAACAAACUCCAUGAACAGGAGGUUAAGCCAACAGAAAUUCAAGAAAUACCUCAAAUAGAUUUCUCAUCUGACCAUGCGAUUCAUGUUGUCUCAGAUAAAUCUGAAAUAAUUUCUGGUAACACAAUGGACCAAACUGAAAGCAGAGAGACAAACCAAUGUGAGAUUGUUGUGAAAAUACCUGAUGAUUCUCAUACCAGUCAGAAAAUGUCACUUCUUCGCAACAAGCAGGAUGAGUAUCUUAAUGAAGAAAGCAUUUUUGAGGAUUUAGAGCAGACAAAUGAGGAUCAUCAUGUCUAUGAUACCAAGGAACCACCGAUCAGCGACAUUGAAGGAGUAGACUCUGCUCUAGGUCAGGUGAAGGAGAUUGAAGGCCAAGUACAGUAUGAUAUGAAAUCCAGUGCUGAACCAAAGGGUCGUGAGGAAGGACUUUUCUCUGAAAUGGAGGAGGGUGAAUCCUGUUCACAAGCUGUGCAAUCAGGAAUAACUGUGACUUCUGACUCCCAACCACAACAAAACAUUGACUUUAACCCCAUUGGGAACAGAAGAAAACUGGGGUCUAGCCGUAGAAAUAAAGGAAGACAGCAUGUCAAGGACUCUGUUGCUGAAUUGUACCAUGAACCUACAGGGGAAGAUUCUGCAAACACCAGGGGAAAUAAAUCUCUUGAAACAGAAUUGUCAUUACAGAUAGAGCCAGUAGUGCAGGAACAAACAAAGGAAACCAUGUUGAAGGGAAUGGAAAUAUUUGACACUGCUCCAACUGAUGUUGGUGAGCUUGUUAAAGACAAUUCACUUGUUGGCAUCUCUGAGCUUACUGGUUCAAAUGUACAUGCACGUUUAACAGAAGAUCAAAAGACAAAUGUCCAAUCAAAUGUUGGGGAGAUGCCAGAGGAAGAAUUCCCAAAUGUUUGUACUGUAACAGAAAAAGAAAGCAUGGAAAAUGACAAUGUCACAGAAAUGUUCAGGCACGGUGAAAAUGUACAGACCAACUAUUUGAUAAGUGAGUCUCAGGUAACAACAGCAAAUAAUGAGUCCUCUAUCACAUCAGAGAUAACCACAGAAGAACAAGACCUCAGAGAGAACUCAGAACCUGAAUGCACCACAAACCCCACAGGGAACAGAAGGAAAUUUGGAUCAAGCAGAAGAAACAAAGGACCACUGCACAUCAAGGACACUACAAGAAUGUCAUUAGUAACAGAGACAAUAAAGCAGGAAGAAUUAAAAAAGAAGUCCGACCUAGAUUUAAGUUCAAACGUAAGUGACGAAGAAAACACAGACAUUUUCUUGCAGGAAGGCAUCAUUUUGUCACAGAAUGAGAAGGACAACAGUGCAUUUAUGAAAACAGACAUUGAUUUAAGCCCUAGCAAUGAUGUAUUUGUCAACUCCAAUAAGGAUGUUGAUGAGGAACAAAAUAAACAAAAGAAAGAGACUGAAAAUGUAUGCCAGCUUGGAGGAUGUGACACAGUUAAAACAGACUUGACGCAACCACCAGAAGUCUCAGUUUGGAAAGCUGAUUCAGACAUACAAACUAUCUCAUACCAUGGUGACAAUGUCUCCUCACGGCCAAUUGCUUUUGAUGUUCUUGAGCAAGAAGAGACUUUUCAAUUCCAAAGCUCUGAAGCUUUAUCUUGUGACAAAGACAUUAAUGUGCAACAGACAAAUGAUACAUCACCAACUGUGCGCGAUGUCACAGUAAAAUACUUUAAAUCAGGACCGGAGAGUUCAAUGUACAUGCAAGUUUCUAACCAGGAUGCAGAUGGAGAACAAUCAGAGGAUCCUUUAAAGUCGGAACACAAAGCCCAAGAAAUUAAUAUUUCAGAAAAGAUCACAAAGAACAAAACCUUGGCUCCAUUUCACACAGGUCUUGAGGAAAACUUCAGAGCAGAACCAGCUGUGAAUAUGUUUGAGGAAAGUGAGAUUUCCAGCCAUCUAAAGGAACAAGAAGAAUCUCAUUCAGACAACAGUGAAAAUGUGCAGGGAAGAUCGAAACAGAAGAGGAGAAAGAUGGGCUCUACUCGCCGGGCUCAACUCAAUAGGAAACCAGAGGAAAAGAGUGAUGAAAGAGAAAGUGACUUUAAAACAGAAGCUGACAUGAGACAUCUUGAAAAGAUAGAAGGACUGGAAGAGUUACCUAUGAUUAUGACUGCAAAGGUAUCACAGAGUGAACAUGCAAAAGCAUCACAAAGUCCAAUGAAUAAAGAACAAGAAGCCAAUGAAACCAGCACAGUGCACAACAACAGACAAAACAUACCAAGCUCUGACUUGCAAGUUGUUAAUCCUGCUAUAUUUGUUCAUGUAGCUGAUGAAAGGGAGAGUGAGAGGAAUUUAAAUGUUUGUGUGGAACCACCACAGAUAGAUGAUUUCACAACCACUGAGAGACAAAUCCCCAGUCCGUUACUGUCUGAAAAUACUGAAGAGAAUAGAAACACAGUUAUCAUAGGAGAGAGCUUUGUGUCUUUAUGUGAGAUCACACAGAGUAUGCAAAAUGAUGAGGAAAGUGUAAGCAUAAUUGAGGACCAGACUAUGAAAUCAGCCGACGCGCCUGUUGUGGCAGAUUUGGAAAUAUUGACAUAUGUGGUAAGAGAAGGAGCAGAACAUGAACAUAUCAGUGCCCAGUUUAGUAAACAACAGUUGGACAACCCCACUGAAGAAGUUGCGAAUAAAAUUAUAGAGAUGAAGAAUCCAAGUCCAAACAGGAGGAAAAAGAUGGGCUCAACCCGCAGGAAUUUUGGAUCAAGACACAAAAGGGAAGACUUGCAUCAAGAACAGGAUGUGGAUAAUGAAGCAACAGAGACUGCAUCCAAUGUUGGAGAUGUGAAGACUGAACUUUUCUCCAACAUCACAGAAGAUGAGCUUCAGCUUAACUUAAAACACAAAGACACGGGCUCUGAGCAAAGGAAAGAAAACUUAUUUGAAACAGUGGAGUACAGCCAGAUUGGUGACUCUCACAUUAAACCUCACCAGCCAUUGGAAGAUAAUCCUGUUCCUCCUGGUCAACUCAUAGAAACAGAGCAUCAACGUACUCCCAAUUCUUUUGCUGCAAUACCUUCCACUUCCCCAAAAGAAGAUUUAAUGUCAGAAACAGCUUCUGGUGGGAGAAGAAGAAAAAUGGGAUCUAGCAGGAAGUCACAUGGACUCAAAAGAUAUGAAAACCAAACCGCAAGUGGAGACAAAAUACAAGAUACACAACAUGAGAGAGAUGUCAGAAGUAAUACAGAUGAAAGUGCCAUCAAGACACCUGAAGAGCUGAGAGAAGAAUCUUUGAGCCUGGUCCAAAUAUCAGAGGCAGGUAAAAGUGAGAAGAAACCAUCGAACAUCAGCAUCUCAAAGGAAGAAAUUGCCCCAAGGACUGUGAGUGAGAAGACGGUUCAACAUCUUUAUGCUGAAGUCGAGCUGAGCCAACAGAAGUUUUCUCUGGAGGGUCAUUCCAGAAUAGCAGAUCAUAAAGCAAAUGCUUACAAUGUGAUGAUGGUUGGAGACAGCAGCGUGGGAAAAACCUCCUUCAUGAAAAGAGCUCAGAGUGGAAAGUUUUCUUUAGAUUUACCCGCCUCAGUUGGAAUUGAUUCCUGCAUGUGGACUGUGGUAGUGGAAGGAAAGCCCGUGGUGCUACAGCUGUGGGAUACAGCGGGACAAGAAAGGUUUCACAGCAUCACGAGGCAGAUUUUCCACAAAGCCCACGCAUUUCUGUUGAUGUAUGACAUCACUUCCUCUGAGACUUUUUCUGCAGUUAGCUACUGGGCAAACUGUAUUCAGGAAGGCGCUGACGAAGACGUGAACAUUUUACUUGUGGGCAAUAAGAGUGAUCGUGCAGAGCGGCAGGUUAAAAUUCAGGAGGCGGAGAAUCUUGCUAAGGAAUAUAACUUUGAAUUUAUGGAGUGCAGCGCUGCCACAGGGGAAAAUGUGGUUCAGGGUUUGGAAACUGUGGCCAGGAUGUUGAGUGAAAAGCAUGGCACGAGAGAGGAAGCCAUGGUGUUACACAAAGAGCCCCCGCAGAAAAAAUCCUCAGGAUGUUGCUGAACAAGAUGUGCGUCUGCAGAGAGGAGGGAUCCUGCACACAGUGGAAACUCUGGACUGGCUCUUUAGAGGGUUUUUCUGUUUGUCACAACUAAAACAUAUUUAAUGAUUUUUUCAGUUGUAUUCCAAACUGUAUUGAUUUAUAUACAUGUUGUGUUUCCUUUUCACAACUAUCUUCAGCUGUUUUAUUAUGUAUACCAAGCCUUAAAGUACAUUAUUGUUUAAGAGGUUAAUUGAAGAGUAAACAUAAAAUCCUGUUGUUGCAUAAAAUAUACUGAAAAUAUAGCAUUUUCAGAUAAGCUUAUUAAUGUUCAAUAUUUAUUUAUGUAUUACACUGCAUAGCUGUUGUGGUAUUUCUUUAGAGGCAGCCCAAUGAACAGUUGUAAUUGAUCCAGGAAAUACUUAUCACAUGAACAAUUUAUUUUAAAAAAAAUUUGCUUUUUUAUAUGAUAACUGGUUUAGGUUGCUUUCUUAUUUCAAAUCAUUUCUAACUUAACUACCUGUGUGAGUUGUGAUGCUACUGUUAAUUAUGCAAUUGUAUUUUUUCCCCCAUUUUGGGAAUACAAGUUGAAAAUCAUUUGAAAUUAAAUUGUUAAAAAAA